AUGAAGAUGUUCUGGUCACUAAGUUUGGUCUUUGUGAUCACUCUCCUAACCAAAGGGUGUGACUGCCAAUCUUUCGCAUGUGGCAGUGCGCCUCUCAAUACAAAAAUUGUGGGGGGAACGAAUGCGUCUGCCGGCGCUUGGCCAUGGCAAGCCAGCCUUCACAUGUAUGGGAGUCAUUUCUGUGGUGGAUCACUCAUCAACAGUGAGUGGGUUCUGUCAGCAGCUAACUGCUUUCCAAGUCACAGUCUCAAUCCUACAUCCUAUACCGUGUACCUGGGUCAACAGAGUAAAAAACUAACCAAUUCAAACGAGUUGUCCAGAAAAGUCUCUGAAAUCAUACUUCAUCCAGAUUACGACAACCUCCCUCAUGACAAUGACAUGGCACUGCUGCAUCUCUCCUCACCUGUGAACUUCACUAAUUACAUCCAACCAGUCUGUCUGGCAGCAGAGGGAAGCACAUUCAACAGUGACACAAUGUGGGUCACAGGUUGGGGAAAUGCUAAUUCAGGCGAACAACAAAUCCUACAGGAGGUGGAUGUGCCCGUGGUUGGAAACAGUAAGUGUAACUGCCUUUAUGAAGAAUUAAUAACAGACAACAUGAUGUGCGCUGGACCGUUGGAAGGUGGAAAAGAUUCUUGUCAGGGUGACUCUGGAGGUCCAAUGGUCAUCAAACAGGGCUCUAAAUGGAUCCAGGCUGGCAUUGUGAGUUUCGGUGAAGGUUGUGCUCAGCCUAAUUUUCCUGGCGUGUACACCAGAGUGUCUAAGUACCAAAACUGGAUCAAUCAGCAUGUCGGCUUGAAUAAUACGGGUUUCAUCCAUUAUGCCUCCACUACUCCCGUUCACAAUGAGGCCUGUCCUACUCAACCGCCAUUGUGUGAAGGUUCUGCAGGUUUAUGGCCAUGGAUGGCUAGUGUAACUUAUAACAAUUAUUCGAUGUGUGUAGGAACUUUGGUCUCUGACCAAUUCGUCAUGACCUCUGCUAGCUGCUUUGCCAGAUUCAUGGGUACGAAUGGAUGGGCAGUCGUCCUCAACGUUGUCCAAUGGGGAUGCUCCAGCAUGCCAGUGGAAGUUAAUGUGACAAAUGUCUUUUUCAAUGAUAUUUUUGGCAACGGUGUAGCACUCCUGCAAUUGUCUCAUCCAUUUAAUCAAGUUGGCGAUUUACCGGUUGACAUGUAUAGUCCAAGCUUUGGCCCUGGUACUCAAUGUUCAGUAAUUGGUUGGAGCCCAGCAGAAGUUAUGUUAAACCUACCUUUUCAGGAAUUCCAGACCACCAUUGUAAACUGCGAUCCAUCAGACACCACAGAGAUCAACAUCUGCACAGAGGGUUUGAACUUUCAGCAGGACGAUAACGGCAGUCCUCUGCUGUGUAAAAUGGGCGAGAUGUGGGUUCAGACUGGUAUUCUGUCCAUUCCCCCUGGCAGUGAGAUCAGCCCAUACUCCAACAGCACUUCAUCCACAACAGUCUUCAUCCAGACCUCUCCCUUCUCCUUCUUCCUGACUAACACUAUCUACAAUGUCCCAUCUAUUCUGGAUGGGGCAGAGUCAUUCUCGCCCCUCUCUCUCACCUACAUCCUUCUGCUCUCUCUCCCAGCACUCCUCCAGGCCUUUUACUGAAGCAGCCAUCUGUCACUUUAUCAAAGAAUAAACAUAUGCAGUACAUUAUAUGGGACAUUAUAGUCUAUUUGCUCUUGUAUUAGAUAUAUAGCU